AUGGGUUCUGGUAAACCAAGAGGUAUUAAAGCCGCAAGAAAGAUCAAGUCCAACAGAAGAGAUUCCAGAUGGGCAGAUAUUGACUACAAGAAGAUUGCUUUGGGAACAUUGGUCAAGUCCAACCCAUUCCAAGGUGCUUCUCACGCCAAGGGUAUUGUUUUAGAAAAGGUUGGUGUCGAAGCCAAGCAACCUAACUCUGCCAUUCGUAAGGCUGUCAGAGUCCAAUUGGUCAAGAACGGAAAGAAGAUUACUGCUUUCGUUCCUAUGGACGGUUGUUUGCUCUUCCUCGAAGAAAACGAUGAAGUUUUGGUUUCAGGAUUUGGUCGUUCUGGUCACGCUGUCGGUGAUAUUCCGGGAGUUCGUUUCAAGGUUGUCAAGGUGGCAGGAGUAUCACUUUUGGCUCUUUACAAAGGUAAAAAAGAAAAACCAAGAAAUUGA